UACCGUUUACCAAAACCAAACAAGCCACGGUGGAAAAGAAAUAGAGCGAAUACAUACAUGGUUAGUAGUUAGUAGAGGAGGAGUAAUAAAAAUGAGCGUGAAGAGAAAGCGAGAGGAGGAUAUGGAGAUAGUGUGGCAAACUCCCGCCAACCCACCCCAACGCCAUGACUACAUCCACCGUAACGGAAUACGAUAUGUUAAGCCUUACUACUUCGAAUUCAUCUCUCAUGUGAAGGAUCGAUGGGCUGGGAAGACGAUCGUUGAUCUCUUCACUGAUGAGUUUAAAGGGAGACCGCGCGAUUACUAUGAAUCUGCUGUUAGAUCUGGACGUAUACAAGUUGAUGGACAAAAGGUCCCUGUUUCAUAUGUAGUUCAGCCAUCACAAAAGAUUAGCCAUUUCCUGCACAGGCAUGAACCACCAGUGAUGUCGUGGGAUGUCGAAAUACUAUGUGAAGAACCAGAUGUGCUGACAGUUUGCAAGCCUGCUUCUGUUCCUGUACAUCCAUGUGGCCAAUACCGCAAGAAUACGGUCGUUGGUAUACUACAGGCCGAGUAUGGCUUGGCACCUUUAUUUCCGGUUCAUCGCCUAGAUCGCUUGGUCUCAGGACUACUUAUUUUGGCAAGGAGUGCUUCUAGGGCUGACCUCUUCAGGCAACAGAUAGAAUCAGGAGAAGUGCAGAAACGGUAUAUUGCGAGAGUACUUGGAGUAUUCCCGGAUAAGCAGCAAAUUGUGAAUGCUAAUAUCAAUUACAAUGCUCGAGAAGGGAGGAGCACAGUUGAGGUGGGGGAUGACCAGGGAAAUAGUACUGCUUCACUGAAGGGGAAGGCUGCCUGUACCAAUUUUACAAGGAUUAGUACCAAUGGGAAGCACAGCAUUGUUUUGUGCGAACCCGUGACUGGCAGGACACAUCAGAUACGUGUGCAUCUACAGUAUACAGGUCAUCCCAUAGCCAAUGAUAUGCUCUACCUGUCUGAAUUUGUGUCUAUUCGCUCUGCUGAAGGAUUGAGUGCAGAUAGAGCUGCAGCAAAAUUAUGUUCCCCUCAGCCCAUCUCUCUUGAAAAUGGAAUUAGUGACACAGGAAAUGACUCCAAUGAAGAUUUCAGCAUUGAUCCUAUGUGUACAAAUUGUCCAAAUCUUGGUCCGAAAGGGUAUGAGGGGAAUGAAGAGGGUCUAUGGCUGCAUUGUGUAAAAUAUUCAGGACCUGACUGGAUAUAUGAAUGCCCACAUCCAGAUUGGGCUUCUCUAAGUUGAUACACACUUCCGACAUUCAUUAUAUGUCUGAUUUAGGAACUUUAUUAGGCUCUUGGUGCUUGGUGUCUUGUGCUCCAUUCAUUGUUGUGCAGCUGUAUGUAUGUAUGCGCUGUUUCCUGGUAAUUUCGGGUAUGCUGUUUCCUGGAGUUCUGCGAAUCUGUUGUUGGGGAGGUACCCAUAUGGUGUUUUGGGCAUCCUAUGAUGCAGGGUCUGCUUUGAAUUUGGAUUUGUGGGAGGGGUUUGCGUUAGAUGCCUUUCGAGCUCAACUGGUUCAUAAACAAGUGUUUGCAGCAAUUUUCGAGCAAUUAAUGGACUUCGUCUUUGUUUGGCUGAGGUGAUUUUGUUUCACCUUCUUAAUUUAUUGGAGUACAGAGAACCUACCCUUUUUAUUUGUAAAACUGCAGCAUGGAACAUUCGGCAGUUGAUCAAUAACUAGUUUCCUGUUGCAAAAUUGCAAUAUCUGGUAAUAAUCCUUGAUUUUUUUUUUUUA